CCGGGGUCAGGGGGGUUCCUUGGGAUCAGGCUGAGCAGGUGCGGGGGGGAAUAUCCUCUGGAAUAAGGCCUAUGGGGGAUCGAGGCAGGGAAGGAUCCCCCAGGUCUGGGGUUAUGCGGGAUCAGGGGGACCCCUGGGAUCAGGCUGAGUGAGAUCAGGGUCGAGGGAUAUCCUCUGGGACUGGAACAGUGUAGGAUCAGGGGAGAUCUCCUGGGACUGGGCGGAUCCUUGGGAUCAGGACUGUGUGGAAUUGGGGAGUGUGGGGGGGAAUCCCCUGGGACUGGGGCUGUGCAGGAGCAUGGGAGGGAAUCCUCCAGGGAUCUCACUAUGCAGGACUGGGGAGAUCGGACAGGAUUGGAGUGGUGUGGAACUGGGGGAAGAGAUCCCCUGGGACUGGGGUGAUGUGGGAUUGGAGGGAUCCCUGAGAUCAGAGCCGUGCCAGAUUGCAGGGAUCCUCCAGGAUCUGGACUGUGUGGGAUCAGGUGAUCUGCUCCCCCUCAUCUGGAUCCCCAGGAUCAGGCGGGGGAUGCGGCUGCCGGGGGCCAUGCGGCUGGUGCGGUUCCGGGGGACCGGGGGCGGUGAGCCCCGGCUGGGGCUGGAGGAGGCGCCGGGGGGGGACCUGGUGGACCUGAGCACGGCAGAGCCCGCGCUGCCCCGCUCCAUGCGCGCCUUCCUCGAGCGUGGCCGGGGGGGCCUGGCCGCUGCCCGCAGGGUGCUGGAGUCGGGCGGGCACCGGGUGCCGCGGAGCUCGGUGCGGCUGCUGGCGCCCGUGGGGGACCCCGAGAAGGUGAUCUGCGUGGGGCUCAACUACCGCGACCACUGCCUGGAGCAGGGCGUCAGCGUCCCCAGGGAGCCCAUCAUCUUCAGCAAGUUCCCCAGCGCCAUCGCCGGGCCCUUCGAUGACAUUGUGCACCCCCAGGAGAGCACUGAGGUGGACUGGGAGGUGGAGCUGGCCGCUGUCAUCGGGACCAAGGGGCGGCACAUCGAGGCAUCGGCGCUGGACCACGUUGUGGGCUACACGGUGGCCAAUGACAUCAGCGCCCGGGACUGGCAGAUGCGGCGGAACGGGAGGCAGUGGCUGCUGGGGAAAACCUUCGACACCUUCUGUCCCCUGGGGCCAGCUCUUGUCACCAAGGAGGCGGUGGCAGAUGUCCACAACCUGAGCAUCCGCUGCAGCGUCAACGGGCAGGUGAUGCAGGACAGCAGCACGAGCCAGCUCAUCUUCAGGCUGCCCAAGCUCAUCGCCUGGGUCUCCCAGUUUGUCACACUGGUCCCUGGGGACAUCUUGCUGACUGGAACCCCACGCGGCGUGGGGGUCUUUCGGAAUCCCCCUGUGUUUCUUAAGAGAGGAGACGAGGUGCGGUGCGAGAUCGAGGAGCUGGGCACCAUCUGCAACAGGGUGGUGUGAAGACAGAGACCCCCAGCGUCGUCCCCCCCCAACGCCCCCCCCCCCCCCCCGCCCCCCGCGGGGUUCAAU